AUGGCCAAUUACGGACAAAAUUUACAAAUCUAUGCUUGUGAUAAUGUCGACAAAACUGGAAAUUAUGGCACUACCCUAGCUGACUUUUUCGGUUUAGUCGUGUGUUUACCUAGAUUAUCGUCGGACCUCGAAUCAGAUCGCGCAGCAAAAAUGAAUUAUUUGAGUGUGAUUUUUAGUAUUUUCCUCGUCGUCCUCGUUGCGAAAUCAAGCACUGCCAUCCAAUGUUACAACUGCAACAGUUACGAAGACACCAACUGCGUCAGUGGUCAAUUGUCUGAUUCGUACAAAGUCUCCUGCGAGGAACUUCACGGCAAAAAAGGAUUCACCGCUUGUCGUACUGUCAUCCAAGAAAUCAACGCCAACAUCUUAGGACUUGAACCCCACACCCGGAUCAUCCGUCAAUGCAGCAUGGUCAAGAGUAAUUACGGAAAACCAUGCCGGCGAUCCGUUGGACGAGGCUGGCGUCGCUACGAUUGCGAUUGCUUCACCAGCGACUGCAACACUCUCAACUCUCUUGAUGAGAUUAAUUAAAAAAAAUUCAAACAAAAAAACAAAAGAAAAAGAGAGAGACCGAAAAAAUUCGCAAAUUAAUUCAAAAACCGUUUUUAGUGUUAUUUUUAUGAGUAAUGUAAAUCAUUAUGUCAUCCGUUAGCAAUGUUUCCAGGAAUUUCGGUGUCUGUCCCGCGAUCAUGCCAUGUAGCCGGCAACAUGCAUAGAACCUGAUUAUGUCCAUUUCAUUCACAUUUUUAUUUCACCUUCUUCACUUUUUUUCAAUAUUUUGUUAUUUUUUUUUGUUUUGUUAUUUUUUGUGUACAAAAUACCUCCGUAUGUAGAACAGGUUUCGGUAUUUUAUUGAUAUAUGGUUCUGUGUCUGUCUGUUACUUUGUUUAAUUUUAACUAGUCGAAAAAAAUGCAUGAUCACUCUUUUUAACUUUAAAAUUAUUUAAAAUAAAGAAUUUCGUUCA